UACGUCACUCCCACGUCCAACCCCUCCUUCUGUGCGUGUACGGCUUCAGCCCAGAAUCGCAGACAUCAUGGCGUCCCUAUCGAUGGCCCCGGUCAGCAUCUUCAGACAUGGAGCAGAUGAAGAGAAAGCCGAGACUGCACGACUGUCCUCUUUCGUUGGCGCCAUCGCUAUUGGCGAUCUGGUGAAGAGCACUCUGGGUCCAAAGGGGAUGGAUAAAAUCUUGAUCAGUGGAACAAAGGGCGCCAUAGUGACGGUGACCAACGAUGGAGCGACCAUCCUGAAAGCCAUUGGUGUGGACAACCCUGCUGCCAAAGUGCUGGUUGACAUGUCGAAGGUUCAGGACGAUGAGGUCGGAGACGGGACGACGUCCGUCACCGUACUGGCUGCCGAGCUGCUGAGGGAGGCGGAGCUCCUGAUCGCCAAGAAGAUUCACCCACAGACCAUCAUCGCUGGCUGGAGGAAGGCGACUCAGACGGCCAGAGAUGCUCUGAGGGAGGCUGCAGUCGACCACAGCAACGACCAGUCCCGUUUCCAGGAGGACCUGAUAAACAUCGCCCGGACCACCCUGUCCUCCAAACUGCUGACUCACCACAAAGACCACUUCUCCCAGCUGGCCGUCGACGCCGUCAUGAGGCUGAAGGGCUCCGGGAACCUGGAGGCCAUCCACAUCAUCAAGAAGCUGGGCGGCAGCCUCACCGACUCCUACCUGGACGAAGGUUUCCUGUUGGACAAGAAGAUCGGAGUGAACCAACCGAAGAGGCUGGAGAACGCCAACAUCCUGAUCGCCAACACCGGCAUGGACACUGACAAGAUCAAGGUGUUUGGCUCCAGGGUUCGCGUGGACUCGAUGGCGAAGGUCGCCGACAUCGAACUGGCGGAGAAAGAGAAGAUGAAGGAGAAGGUUGACCGGAUCCUGAAGCACGGCAUCAACUGCUUCAUCAACAGACAGUUGAUCUAUAACUAUCCAGAGCAGCUGUUUGCUCAGGCUGGUGUCAUGGCCAUCGAGCACGCCGACUUCGCCGGCGUCGAGCGCCUUGCUCUGGUCACCGGCGGAGAGAUCACCUCCACCUUCGACCACCCGGAGCUGGUGAAGCUCGGCCACUGCAAGCUGAUCGAGGAGGUGAUGAUCGGAGAAGACACACUCAUCCACUUCUCUGGAGUCGCCAUGGGUGAGGCGUGCACCGUCGUCCUGCGAGGAGCGACUCAGCAGAUUCUGGACGAGGCGGAGCGCUCGCUGCACGACGCUCUGUGUGUGUUGGCUCAGACCGUGAAGGAGCCACGCACCGUCUACGGAGGAGGCUGCUCUGAGAUGCUGAUGGCCAAGGUGGUCACUGACCUGGCCAACAGGACGCCAGGGAAGGAGGCGGUCGCCAUGGAGUCGUUCGCCAAGGCUCUGAGGAUGCUGCCGACCAUCAUCGCCGACAACGCCGGCUACGACAGCGCCGACCUGGUGUCUCAGCUGAGAGCUGCUCACCAGGAGAACAAGACCACCUUUGGACUGAACAUGUCUGAAGGCACGGUGGGCAACAUGGCAGAGCUGGGGAUCACAGAGUCGUUCCAGGUGAAGCGUCAGGUGCUGCUGAGCGCCUCCGAGGCCGCAGAGAUGAUCCUGAGGGUCGACAACAUCAUCAAAGCUGCACCCAGGAAGAGAGUUCCCGACCAUCAUCCCUGCUAGAGGAAGAGGAGGAUGAAGAACGGGGGAGGGGAUCAGUUUUGUUAUUUAUCACCUCUGUGUAGUUCAAAUUUAAAGAAACGCUCCGCUGUUUUUUUUUCUCUGUUGUUAAACUCACUGUGGAAGCACUGUACAGGCUAGCUGGCUAAUGCUAGCUAACCGUCAGACACAACCCUAACCGCAGCGGCUCCAAUGCUAAUGCUAGCAGGACAAAGUGGCUAAGUGUGAAACUUAUGUAAAACGUUGGUCAGUACAGUUUGUGAUGCUAACAUUAGCUGAGGUCGCAGCAAGUGCUGGAGGCUGGCUAUGCUAACGUUAGCCAGUUGGUGCCGACGACGCUUAGAAAGUACUUUUGGACGUUGUUUUUGUUUACUGAAAUAAAUGAACCAAUCUUCAUCAGUA